GGCGUGGUCAGUGAGUGCUUCUCUGUACUAACUGACAUUUUUGUGAUUCCGGUUGUCGGGAAACGAACCUCACAGCGAAACAGUCACUACCUGGGUUUAUUUGGGAGAAGUUUGCGUUUCCCCGCUGCUAACAUAUCGGACUGAAGAUGUUUUACACAUGUGGACCCAAUGAAGCCAUGGUGGUGUCUGGCUUUGGCCGUUCUCCACCUCUAAUGAUUGCUGGAGGACGAGUGUUUGUGUUGCCAUGUGUUCAGCAGAUCCAGAGGAUCACACUCAACACUCUGACUCUAAAUGUGAAGAGUGACAAAGUGUACACCCGCCAUGGUGUCCCCAUCUCUGUGACUGGCAUCGCGCAGGUGAAGAUCCAGGGCCAGAACAAGGAGAUGUUGGCCACCGCCUGUCAGAUGUUUAUGGGCAAGUCUGAAGCAGAGAUUGCCCAGAUCGCACUCGAGACACUGGAGGGACAUCAGAGAGCCAUUAUUGCCCAUUUGACCGUGGAGGAGAUCUACCAGGACCGUAAGAAGUUCUCCGAGCAGGUCUUCCAAGUGGCCUCCUCUGACCUGGUCAACAUGGGGAUCGGUGUUGUCAGCUACACUCUCAAAGACGUUCAUGACGAUCAGGACUACCUUCACUCCCUGGGCAAAGCCAGAACAGCCCAGGUGCAGAAGGACGCCAGGAUUGGAGAGGCUCAGUACAAGCGGGAUGCAGUCAUCAGGGAGGCCCACGCAAUGCAGGAGAAGGUGUCAGCUCAAUACAAGAAUGAGAUCGAAAUGGCAAAGGCCCAGAGAGACUACGAGCUGAAGAAAGCAGCCUAUGACGUUGAGGUCAACACCAAGAAGGCUGAGUCAGAAAUGGCUUAUCAGCUCCAGGUGGCUAAGACCAAGCAGCGCAUUGAGGAGGAGACGAUGCAGGUUCAGGUCGUGGAGCGUACCCAGCAGAUCACUCUGCAAGAUCAGGAGAUCAUCCGCAAGGAGAAGGAGCUGGAAGCUAAAGUCAAGAAGCCUGCCGAGGCUGAGAAGUACCGCCUGGAAAGGCUGGCUGAGGCUCAGCGCCUGCAGCUCAUCAUGGAGGCCGAGGCUGAGGCAGAGUCUAUCAAAAUGAAGGGAGAGGCGGAGGCCUUUGCUUUGGAGGCUAAAGGUCGCGCCGAGGCUGAGCAGAUGGCCAAAAAGGCGGAAGCUUUCAAGCAGUACAAAGAGGGAGCCAUGGUGGACAUGCUGCUGGAGAAGCUGCCGCUGAUGGCAGAGGAGAUCAGCAAGCCCCUGUCGAAGACCCAGAAGAUCACCAUGGUGUCCAGCGGCGGGUCAGAGGUCGGAGCGUCCAAACUGGCCGGAGAGGUGCUGGACAUCAUGACCAGGCUGCCGGCCACGGUGGAGAAGCUGACCGGAGUGGACAUCUCCCAGGCUGCAGGACAAACCACUACGGUGUAUUAAGGAGAGCGGGAGCGUCGGUGUGAUGAAGAGGCGGAGCUCCACAGCUCCUCCUCCUGCCUGUAACCACUGUAUUAGUUCAGUAAAGGUGUAGUUGUGUCUCUUCAUCUGUGUGGAUGCAUGUGUUUCACUGUGUGUCUCUUUUGCCUCUUCCUCCUCCAGCUGAGACUCUCACUCCUCCUUUGAUUUUGUUUUACUGUUCCUGGUUGUUGCUGUUGUGCUUUUUGCUGCGAGUCACUACAGAAACAGCGGCAGGGAAAGCAGCUGUGGAUUUUUUUUUUUGUUUUUUUUUUUUUUUUUUUUACCUGAAAGACCAAACCUCUGUUUCCUCUGCUGUCUUAUGUCUGACAUUCAGUAUGCAACUUUUUACAUUGUGACUGUCUUUAUUACUUCCUGCAUGGGGAAUAGGUUUCUAAAAACUUUUUUUUCAACUUUUUCAUGCAAAAUAUGAAGAGACUUUUAGGCUGCUAUCAGAUUUUUCUGUGCCUUUCAAACGAUGCAAAGCAAUCCUACCAAUUCUGCUGCCGCUCCCGCUGCAACACAUAUCCCACACACCCCUCCACGUACGGUGUGCCUCAGCCAGAGCUGCAUUGUUGCAAAUGACAAGAUCAGAGAGCAAACGUCAAACACUAAUGCAUCUUUAACGUUUCCUUCCCUGUGCGCUCUGGGGGAUGUUGUGUUGUUGGUCCCAGUUUGUUUAUUUUUCGCCGGUCGGGUUUUUGUCACCGCAGGAUGAAGUUUAGCCGUAGUUAGUUGACUCUGUCGCUGUGUGUCGUAACUGACUGUACCGCUGCCUCCAGCGUCGUCAGCUAGAGCGGCAGGUGGGAGAUGGAAGAUUUACCAGUACCUUGUCUCAAGAUGAAGGGGGAGGAAGUCGUCGAUGGGAACGAGCAGCGUCGGUUUCCUGCUCAGAGCAGUGAAAGGUUGUUGUGGUUGGAAAAAAGCAAUGUUGACCUAUAUCUGCGAUGCAGCAUUCCCUCAUUUGCGGUUGUCGUCUCGACCUGUUUGUGUGUUUGUGAAAAUGAGGAGGACGAUCUCUAACGCUCACUAACCAGCCUGCUGUUUGAUGUGCUUUCUGCCGUGUGCUCAGAAUCACAAAUUUGACGGAGUGUAUCAGUUAUACUGAAUUUCUAUGCUAAUGUGAUCGUUAUUUUAUCAGGCUUUGGCUGAUUUUAGCACUUGUAGUUUUAGAGCAUUUAUAUGUACUGUUGAAAAUUUAGAUUUAAUUUAAUUUUUUUUUUUCCCAGACUGUUGAUUAUUUUCCAGCUCCAGAGCCUUCUUCAUUUUGUUACCGCCAAGUGCCUGGUCAGAAACCUCUCAGUAUGCUGUUAAACCUGCUCAAACGUUCUUCUGUCAGGGAUUAUUUCCUCUUAUUCAACUGAUCUAAAGCCAUUAGUCAUCCCUUUUGAUGACUGUAGAAGAAAGCCAAAUUAGUCUCUCCUUUUGUAUCUACUCGUUACUAAUACGUCAAACAAAUGGUUGCAUGUUUAUGCUUGUUAAAAAAAAAAAGCCUAACAUUGUGCAAGCUGUAUCAAUUAUCAAUGAAGAGCUGUAGUAAACAAUAAAAUAUUACAUAAUCACUAA